GGUGCCUUCCUGGUCGCUUUGAAUUUUGCCAGUUUGAAACCCUGAACUUCCAACUCUUAAAACCUAGAAACGAACGAACUGUUUCAUAUCUAUUGACUGCUCACGUCGUCCCUCCACCCCAUCCUUCCUUUUUCCUAUAGCAAGUCCGCUUCCUCGCUCUUCCAUGGCUGCGGUUUCAAAUUUCUCUGCUUUAUCAUCCUUCCUUCCAAAACCUUCCUCCUUCCCUGUCACCACGUCCACCGCCAACGCCAAUGCUUGUUUCUGCGACAAAACCCUCCCAAAACCCAUUCUUUCUCUCGCCGCCGCGGACACCCACAAUACGUCUUUCACCGUUUCAUCUAAAAACCCAAUUUCCGAUCUCCUUCGAGAGAAUGAGCCACACCCAGAGCCUGAAUCAGAAUCCUUUUACUUCGACGAUGAUGACGACAAGCCCCGCGAGGAGUGUGGUGUGGUCGGUAUAUACGGUGAUCCAGACGCGUCUCGUCUUUGCUAUUUGGCCCUUCACGCACUUCAGCAUCGUGGUCAAGAAGGUGCCGGAAUCGUCGCUGUUCACGACAACGUCCUUCAAUCGAUGACUGGGGUAGGACUCGUUUCUGACGUUUUUAAUGAACCUAAGCUGGAUCAAUUACCUGGAAAUUUGGCCAUUGGGCAUGUUCGCUAUUCAACCGCAGGCCAGUCGAUGCUCAAGAAUGUUCAGCCCUUCGUUGCAGGGUACCGAUUUGGUUCUGUCGGUAUUGCUCAUAACGGUAAUCUGGUCAAUUAUCGAACUUUAAGGGCCAAACUCGAAAACGAUGGGUCGAUUUUUAACACUAGUUCUGAUACUGAGGUGGUGCUCCAUCUCAUUGCAACGUCAAAGCAUAGGCCUUUCAUAUUGAGGAUUGUUGAUGCCUGCGAGCAGAUUCAAGGGGCUUAUUCUAUUGUGUUUGUCACUGAGGAUAAGCUUGUUGCAGUGAGGGAUCCCCAUGGAUUCCGUCCUCUGGUUAUGGGACGGAGAAGCAAUGGAGCUGUAGUGUUUGCCUCGGAAACUUGUGCUCUUGAUCUGAUUGAAGCAACGUUUGAAAGAGAGGUGAACCCAGGUGAAGUUAUAGUGGUGGACAAAAAUGGGAUUCAAUCUUUCUGCUUAAUGUCUCAUCCAGAGCCCAAACAAUGCAUCUUUGAGCAUAUAUACUUUGCCCUCCCAAACUCUGUGGUUUUCGGAAGAUCAGUGUAUGAAUCUAGAAGAAAGUUUGGCGAAAUUUUGGCAACUGAAAGCCCGGUUGACUGUGAUGUUGUGAUAGCAGUUCCUGAUUCUGGUGUUGUGGCUGCACUUGGUUAUGCUGAAAAGGCCGGCGUUCCUUUUCAACAAGGUUUAAUCAGGUCUCACUAUGUAGGAAGGACUUUCAUUGAGCCAUCCCAGAAGAUCAGAGACUUUGGAGUGAAGCUGAAGCUUGCAACAGCUCGAUCGGUGCUCGAAGGCAAGAGGGUUGUGGUGGUGGAUGAUUCAAUUGUGAGAGGAACCACAUCUUCCAAAAUAGUGAGGAUGUUAAAGGAAGCAGGGGCUAAAGAAGUUCACAUGAGGAUUGCUAGUCCACCAAUCAUAGGAUCAUGCUAUUAUGGAGUGGAUACACCAAGUUCUGAGGAGUUGAUCUCUAACAGGAUGAGUACAGAGGAAGUGAGGGAGUUAAUCGGAUCAGAUUCACUUGCUUUUCUCCCUCUCGAUAGCUUGAAGAAGUUGUUAGGCACUGAUUCUCCUAAUUAUUGCUAUGCUUGCUUCUCUGGGAACUACCCUGUUGAACCCAAAGAGCUGAAAGUGAAGAGAGUUGGUGACUUUGUGGAUGAUGGCUUAAAUGGGAGUUUGGAAUCUAUUGAUGGAGGAUGGAUUCAAGCAAACCCAAGCCUUAAAGAGGCAAAGGUCGUUGGUCUUUGACUUGGGAUUUUUGAAGUUUUACGAUCCUCUCAAACUAUAGAGCAUUAGAACUACAGUGGUGUGUUUCAAAUAAUUCUUUUUUAUUCUCAAUGACCAGUGCUUGAAACUUGUUUUGGUCACAGCUUCAGUCUUGGAUAUCUCAUCUAGAGUUUGAGUUAUUUAGAAUCUAUGACGCUAAAGUAAGAACUCAGUUUUGGAUCUGAUUUUAUGUUUUAAAAUAUACUCGCACUAUUGUCUCCA